AUGGAACUCGCAGAAGAUUGCGUAGUAAAUUUGGUUAUGGUACACAGUUACUUCACUUCAGUUAAAGCCGGCUUAUGGAGUUUAAAGCAUUACAUCGAUUGGAUUUGUAAAGAUGAACGUGAUUUGUCACUAUGGGAGACGUGUUUGACAGCCUUUUAUAGCUCGUUAGAUUGGAUAGUUAAGCAAAGAUCUAUACCACAACAUAUUCGUGUUAUUGCUAACCGGAUUGCUGAAGAUAAGGAGCUUCCUGAAACUAAGUUACUUACGGAAGACCUUCGAAUGAUGUAUGAACGAAUAUACAAUGGAAAAUAUAGCAAGUCCAUUUAUGAGACCAUGGCGCACGUACAGAAAAAAAUAGUCCAUGUGCAGAAAGAAGAGGAAAUAUUUGCUUCAGUUGCAGAAAUGCAUUCUAAAAAACAAAAGAACGAUGGUAAUUUAAAUAAAGGUAGUGAUCCAUCACUCUUAUCAACUUCCAUCGAUGUUAGCAACAAUCAUGAACAAAACCAACGUCAAGCAGAUUAUUAUGAAUCAGCCUCCGAUUCAUUUGAAGAGGAUGAUUGUGAUGAUUAUAAAGCAGAAGACGAUAAUUGCAACAAAGAUAAUGUAAAUUGUAAAAAGAAAGAUCAUGACGGAAUCGAUGAUGAUUUCGUCAUGCCUAUUCAACCAAAGCGGAAAAAAAACGAAUUGGAAAACAGUACAGUCCUUGAUGCAGUUCAUGAUAUUUCCGAGAACUCCAGUAAUUACAUUGACACUGAGCUACAUAAAGCUGGACAGCCGUUAAAAUCACCAGGAUUCAAGAAAAGCAGGAAAUCAAAAAGGCGUAAAGUUAGCACGAAGAAAAGUGAGAUACCAUUAAGUUCAAAAACUUCUUCCAGCGACGUAUAUACAAACGAAAACUCAGAAUUCAUCUCUGCAAGUUCCACGGAAAAUAUUGAUGAACAAGUUGAAAUCGAUGAUAUUACAAAAAUUGAAGAGCAAUUAAAGAAGCAACCUUAUACUGAGUGGAUUGUAAGAAAUAUUAACAUAACACAAAAGUUCCGUCAAUAUCAAUGGAGUGUAAUUGAUAAAGCGAAGAAAGGGUUACUGAAGUGGGACAAUACGUAUGAGAUAUUGGCACUAGCAUCGAUUAUCGUUAUUUCAUCUCCGUGUCCAUAUCCUUAUGAAUAUUUUACGCUCGAAGAAUGGGAUUAUAUAACAAAAACUAAUCCAUAUAGUAUUGAGAAAAAUACUAUUCCAUCAACCAUUUCAGCAAGUCUAUAUGAAGCAGCAGAGGAAUGUGUUUUCGGAAGAAGCAUUUAUAUGAAUGCAGAAGAAUCAUUUUUGAGUAAAUGUGCUGGGAGAAUUUUUAAUGAUUUGAAUAAUGUUCCAGUAGAAGCGCCCCGUAAAAUUUCUGAAGAUCUCCAUUGUUGUAAUUAUUUACACCCAUUUAUAAAGCCACUCUUCAUGAUACCAAAAGUGUAUGAAGUUAGGCUUAAUCGUUCAGCAGCUGGCUCUAGGAAACGGCCAGACUUUUCAUGUGUUGUUGAUAACGUACCAAUACUAAACUCUGAAAUAAAACCACUUGGGUUCACCCCAUUGCAAAAGAAAAAAGAUUUCGCGAAGGUGAAUCUAAGAGCAAAGAAGUCCAUCAACCAACAACUAAGUUUAAAAGGUGGUCCUGAUAAGUCUGUAAUUUUUACAAAUAUGGGCGACGUGAUUGAGUCAUUUCUUAUGGAGCUUAAUUAUGACGGAAUUUACUGUUCAUGGUCUUUCUGUAAAAGUAAACUGAUAAUUGAUAAAGCUUCAAUGCCACUCAUAGUAUCUACAUUCUGUCAUUUUGUAGAAUUGGAGAAGCGAACAAACAAGCUGGCAGAAGAUUUCAAAAGUCGAAAAGUUCCAUUUACCCCACCAAAUCAAAUUAAAUUUGGAUUCGUACGUGAUGAUCCAAACUCCCCACAAAUCC